UGUAAAUCCAAAUGAUCCCUCUCCUCUGUCUCCUAUCUCUUCACGUUUCUGACGUCUUCAAUUUGUUUAUACUUUUUUUUUCUUUCUCACGGCUUGAUUUGCGCCGUCAACAUUUCACCUUGGCGACUUCUCAAUCCAAAUCCUCCGAGCUUAUCCUCCUCGAGUCUCGGAGUUUCUAACCAAUCGCAAUCUUUGUUCAUCUUCUUGUUGAACUUUCCGGGCACAAUCUGGAGAUUUUGUUUGAAACUGCGGAGAGCUCUUCUCAGGCGAAAACGAGCUAAAAAAAAAAGAUGACAUUGACGAUCCCAUCCGCACCUGGGAGCUCAGGGUACUUGGAUAUGUACCCUGAGAGAAGGAUGUCGUAUUUUGGUAAUUCUUACAUCCUCGGUUUGACUGUCACUGCCGGCAUAGGUGGUCUCCUCUUCGGCUACGACACAGGUGUAAUCUCUGGUGCCCUUUUGUACAUUAAGGAUGAUUUCGAUGUUGUUAAGCAGAGCAGUUUCUUACAGGAAACUAUUGUAAGUAUGGCUUUAGUUGGUGCUAUGCUCGGUGCUGCAGCAGGAGGCUGGAUCAAUGACUACUACGGACGUAAAAAGGCCACCAUGUUUGCUGAUGUUGUUUUCGCAGCUGGAGCAAUCGUCAUGGCUGCUGCUCCCGAUCCAUAUGUUUUGAUCGCGGGUCGUUUCUUGGUUGGUUUAGGAGUUGGUGUUGCUUCUGUGACUGCUCCCGUUUAUAUAGCGGAAGCGUCUCCCUCUGAAGUGAGAGGUGGACUUGUUAGCACCAAUGUGUUGAUGAUCACCGGUGGACAGUUUCUUUCAUACCUCAUUAACUCUGCUUUCACACAGGUUCCAGGAACAUGGAGAUGGAUGCUUGGAGUUUCAGGUGUUCCCGCUGUUGUUCAGUUUGUACUAAUGAUGUUCAUGCCAGAGUCUCCUCGUUGGCUGUUCAUGAAGAACCGUAAAGAGGAAGCGAUACAAGUGCUGACGAGAAUGUAUGAUAUCUCUCGGUUAGCGGACGAGAUUGAUCACCUUUCCGCGGCUGAAGAGGAAGAGAAGCAAAGGAAACACACUGUUAGCUACUUGGAAGUCUUUAGAUCCAAGGAGAUGAGACUCGCCUUCUUCGCUGGAGCAGGACUUCAGGCAUUUCAGCAAUUCACUGGGAUCAAUACUGUCAUGUACUAUAGCCCUACGAUUGUUCAAAUGGCUGGCUUUCAUUCAAACCAGCUCGCUCUCUUACUCUCUCUCAUCGUUGCUGCCAUGAACGCUGCUGGAACAGUGGUGGGGAUAUACUUUAUCGACCACUGUGGACGGAAGAAGCUUGCUCUCUCGAGUCUAUGCGGUGUCAUUAUCUCUCUCAUAAUCCUCUCAGUCUCCUUCUUCAAACAGUCUGACGCAUCAUCAUCUGAUGGAGGGCUCUACGGUUGGCUCGCUGUGCUUGGUUUAGCUCUGUACAUUGCUUUCUUUGCACCGGGAAUGGGACCGGUUCCGUGGACGGUUAACUCGGAGAUAUAUCCGCAACAGUACCGAGGCAUAUGCGGAGGGAUGUCUGCAACGGUUAACUGGAUCAGUAAUUUGAUUGUGGCGCAAACUUUCUUGUCGGUAGCUGAAGCUGCUGGUACUGGAGUGACGUUCUUGAUUUUGGCGGGGAUCGCGGUUCUAGCGGCUGUGUUUGUGAUUGUGUUUGUGCCUGAGACUCAGGGCCUAACGUUUUCUGAAGUUGAGCAGAUUUGGAAAGAGAGGGCGUGGGGAAAGAACAGUGAUUGGGGGAGUAGCAGCGAGAGCAAUGACAUGGAUGGGUUGCUUGAGCAGGGAUCUCAGUCAUAAGGAUCUUGAGUGGCUCAUGCUCAUACGUUGUAUUGUAUCACAGAGUAAACCAAGAUUGGUUCCGGUUCCGGUUCAGGUCAGUGAUAUCACAGGAGUAAACCAAGAUGUGUUAAGAACUGUGUUUAUUGAUAAUAAAUAACGUUUAGGGUCCACUUUGGAUUCCAGUCUUGUCUGCAAAUCUCAAUACGAUGCAACAUGUGUCUAUGAUCAAAGAAUAGGCUCUUGACAAGAGCAUUGAAUAGAUGAAUGGUUGAUUCACAAACAUAAGACUUGUCAUAGGAACUGUGUUAGUACCUAUCUUCUUUUUUUUUUUCUGUUAAAUAAACAGAUAUUGUCUUUUA